AUGAUGAAGAGGCCGUGCUUCCUCGUCAUGGAUUCGCUCAAUCUGUCGAGCCACGAGGACGUCUGCAAACACCUUCGAGAUUACCUACAGGUGGAGUGGGAGGUCCGAAAGUGCACGCCCCGCCUCUUCACGCAAGCUGCAAUGCCGAACAUCGCCUGCAGGGUCCGCCAACAGGACAACGGCUACGACUGCGGGCUGUACCUGCUGCAGUAUGUGGAGAGCUUCCUGCAGAACCCCGUGGUGCACUUUGGCUCCCCCAUUGACUUACAAGGCUGGUUUCUACGGAAACGAGUGCGGCAGAAGAGGCAGAAGAUCAGGAGGCUGAUUCUCCAGAUGCAUCGCGAGCAGAAGCAGAAGGAAUCAGACACACAACCACCGUGA